UUGCUAUCUUAGCACGCGAUAGUAAACUUCACCGCAACCACCAAAACCCAAGUAAAAUAGCCGGCGUUGUUUGUGCGCGUUUUUGCAGAAAAUCAUUAAAAAACAGAUAAAAACAUGAAAUUAGUAAGAUUUCUUAUGAAGUUAAGUCAUGAGACUGUAACUAUUGAAUUGAAGAACGGCACCCAGAUUCACGGCACCAUUACCGGUGUGGAUGUUGCCAUGAACACUCACCUGAAGAGCGUCCGGAUGACGAUCAAGAACAGAGAUCCCGUCCAUCUGGAGACUCUGAGCAUUCGCGGCAAUAACAUCAGAUAUUUUAUUCUGCCGGACAGCCUGCCACUGGAGACUCUACUCAUAGACGACACCCCGAAGUCGAAGACAAAAAAGAAGGACAGCGGCCGCGUUGGAAAUCGCGGCAGGGGCAGAGGAGCCCGUGGUCGAGGUGGCCCAAGGGGUCGUGGAAGGGGCCGAGCUACAGGCCGACGUUAAAUUUUUUAACUUGUACAAUUAAUAAUCAAUAUUCGAUAAAUAUAGAAUAUAAAUAUCCUUUGGAUAAAUCAAUCAUUUAUAAAAA